AGUUGCACCAGGCACUUGAGGAUAGGUUGAUGGCUUGUGAAGAUAAAAUAAUUUGUAUUAAAAAAAAGUACAAACAUUGUGUUUGGGAAUGUUAUUAAAUGAAAGCCUCGCAGACUUGGCCAUCUUGGAAACUCUGAAAGCUUACAGUUGUCCGGGCUCAUUCAUUAGUUGAUUCUGUACAAGCAGACACGAUUUAGCUGACCCCAUUAACUCCACAAGUGUGGAACAGCAGGAUGUCCCAGCAUGCUUUGCUCUCGUUGGGGACCAAGGCAUGGCGCUGCUUGUCCUACCCCAAAUCUGAACUCCGCCUGGACCUGACACUGGGAUGUGGGCAAACGUUCAGAUGGCGUGAGACAGGAGAAGGCCACUGGACAGGUGUGAUGGGGGGACGAGUGUGGACGCUAACUCAGACGGAGGACACUUUAUGGUACUAUGUGUAUGGACCGUGCGUAGGUAAGGACCUGGAUCUCAUUAACGGUCGGAAAAGGAAAAUAGCGGAGAACUCCCGGGAAUCAGGGAAGAAGCUUAAAGAAGUAGCUGACGUGAAGAAGGAAGAAGAAGAAACGAGCCUUUUCAUGUUGACUUCUGAGCAGGAUGGCAAAGACGAGGAGGUACUGAGAGACUAUUUCCAGCUGCAUGUUAAACUGGAGGACUUGUAUAAAGAAUGGAGUGAUGCAGAUCCGCACUUCAGCCACACAGGCAAAAUCUUCUCAGGAGUGCGCAUGUUGCGCCAGGACCCUGUAGAGUGUCUCUUCUCGUUCAUCUGCAGCUCGAAUAAUCACAUCUCUCGGAUUCAGGGGAUGAUCGAGCGCUUGUGUAGCGCACUUGGGACGCCGAUCUGUGAGCUUGAUGGCACACACUAUCACGACUUCCCCUCCAUGGAGGCUUUAGCAGAGAGCAAUGUUGAGGCACAACUACAGCAGUUGGGUUUUGGCUACCGAGCUCGUUUCCUACAGCAAAGUGCACACUUGAUUAUGAGCUCCCAUGGUCCCAAGUGGCUCCAUACACUCCGUAACACCCCUUACCUGCAGGCCAGAGGCGCUCUCCUUACACUGCCUGGUGUUGGCCCGAAGGUGGCCGAUUGUGUGUGUUUAAUGUCACUGGACAAGUCUGAAGCCGUCCCUGUAGACACACAUGUGUGGCAGAUUGCGAGGCGCGAUUAUAGCUGUGCUACAGGAAGUAGACCAAAGACUCUGACUGAUAAAGUCUACAAAGAAAUCGGGGAUUUCUUCAGAAAGCUUUGGGGAUCCUAUGCUGGUUGGGCUCACUCUGUUUUGUUCUGUGCUGAUCUAAAGAAGUUCCAGAAGCUGAAAGAAAUCCCGACCAUAAAAGAAGAAAAGAAGCCUGCAAAGACAAAAAAAGAAAAAGAAUACGACAGAUAUAAAAAGAGAGGGACUGUGAAAAAGGAAGGAGAAGACUAAGAUAAACAGUCUGUUCUACCUCUCUUUCAAACAAAACUCUUUCACUGGACGGUUUUCUUUUGACUGGAAGAAAAACUCGGGGACGAAAUCAGGUUUUUAGCAUCACUGACUGCUUGUGCUGCAUACUGUGGAUUGAAUUUUGGUGUAUGCUAGAUUUUACCUCCCAAAGGAAACUUGAUACCUUACACAGCUAUUAUUUUAUGUGGGAAAAUGAUUGUAUAUAAAAUGAUCUGAAAACA